CUCUCCCUCUUCCCUCUUCCCUCUUCCCCGAGUCCGACAAUCAAAUAAGUGAAUAACCAACAAGCACCGGCGCCAAAAAUUGAUCUCGAAAGUGUCUCUAGUCUACACAUUACAAUUUGUCAUAUAUGCGCCCCAUUUCUUGUUCUACCACCUCCCAAGUCCCAAUGGAUGUAUUCACUCCCUUACUGGUGCGAACUAAGGUACCCCAGCCCUCACUGCAACGCUUCGCAGUCAUACAAAUUUUCGAUAAACUCGGUACAUUAUUAAACCUUAAUUCCGAUUCAGCAGCUGAAGAAGCCAUUCAUGAGUGUCUUCACUCUCCUUCCUCUGCUGUGGUCGAUCAAUCAGUGCGUGAAUUAUGCCGACUUGUUAAGGACUUCAAAGUGGACAUCUCUUUUGCCCUUCUUCAGCUUCAUUCUGCUCUUGAAGAUUGUUCGCCUCGCUUUGUUAAUGUCUUUGUUAAAGGAAUUGGCUUUCUUGCUCGUUUCGGGUUUCGAACUCAUACUUUUGUUUCUAAUCAUUUUGUUCAUGCUCCGGAGAAUCAUCCUUUUGUUAAGGUUUUAACUUGUCGGUUAGAGGCACAAACUGAGCUAGUGAAACAAACUGUAUUGUUUGUGGUGCAUGGAAAGCAAUUUGGAAUUGGUGAAGUCUGUGUCUACUUAAGGCCCUUCUUGACCUUUUCUGUUCUGAGAGGUUGCUGUUCAGAUUCAUCAUUGUCAUCAUUCUUGAGCCUUGUGAUAUAUUCAUUGACGUCUCUAUGUUGCUCCUUACAUCAAGAGGCGAAUUCUCUUUUUGAGAUGCUGAUUGGCUGUUUAAAAUGUUUUAACCUUAGUGGUGCGGAGGAUCUCGGGAAAGUUGUCAUCUUUGCUGAGUUUCUAGUGGAUGCAUACACUGUAGUUUUGCGACAUUUGAUGAAGACGGGAUCCGUUACUGAAGUUCAAUUGGUUGGGGUCAAACUGGUGGAUGCUCUUCUCACAUUAUGCCUGGAGUUUGAAAAGCGUAGUAUCGAGAGCAAGCCUGUCCUUGAAUUAUCAAGGAGACUUCUGAGUACCCAGAAAGAGUUUGAACUCUGCUAUGUCCCUCAACUUUCCUCUCCUAUGUUAUCCCUCAUUGUUCUUCUCACUCAUUUGGAACUUGAAGAUGAAAAGUUAUAUGUCCUUGACCUUCUAGCAUUGUGUCUGAGGUGGAGAAUUCAAGAUGAGUAUGCUGUGGCUGGAGUUGCAUGUGAUCCAAGUGAAGUGUCUCUGUUCCUUUUUCCUAUCAUCAGCUUGAUGUCGUCUCCUUCAAAAUCUGUAAAACAAGCAGCAUCUCAAUUUCUUUUGAUGUUGGAAAAGCUUAUUGUAAGUCAUUCGACGCCAUCGGGGGAUGACAAAUCUGUUCAUAGGGGAUCUUUGCUUGUUAGUAAGCCUGAAAGUAUCAUCCUUAGGCUUUGGAAGCAUUUAUGUCUUCAGGAUUUAUCUCCCUGUUCUUUCUUUCUUAACAUUUAUUCAGCCAAUGGAAAUGAUAUUAUUAUGGAUAGUGGAUCAAAAUCUUGGUUAUCUCAGCUAGGAAAAUAUGCUUUGGCAAUUGCAGAAAGGCACAAGUCUGGCGACGUGAUCUCAUCAUCGCAAGAAGUCAUGUCAUCUGAGAUACCUUUGCUACUGGGUGCACUUGCUGGAAGUCUGGUUGUACAUGAAUCUUUGGGAAGCUAUGCUAUAGAAAUAUUAGCUUUUCUCAAUAUUAUGGACCCCACACUUGGUGUUCCUCUGUUGCUGGCUGUUUUGUAUUACUGCAAUUUUGUAAGGUGUUACAGCAAAUGCAGUAAUGAUUUGUUGUUGAAUCUUUUGGGGAUGCUAUCUUCACUUGCUUCAAAUUCUGCGAUGCUACCUUUGAUAUUCCAAACCAUCCUGCCAAUGCUUCAAAAAGAUUCAAAUCCGGUCUUGUAUGCAACUGCACUUCGUUUGCUUUGUAAUGCUUGGAAGAUGAAUGACAGGAUCUUUGGAAGUUUGCGUAAUUUCCUGCUGCCGGAGUGUUUUAUUGAGUUCAGAUUUGACCAAACUAUUGCUAUAAGUCUUGCUGCUUCGCUUCGGGAUAUCUGCAGAAGAAAUCCGGAAAGGGGUGUUCAGCUGAUUUUGUCUGUAGAAGCAUGCAUUGAAUGCACCGUUUCUAUAAUUCGAGCUCUGGGAUUUCAAAGCCUUGGUUACCUUUGUGAAGCUGAUGUAGUUGAUUUUUAUACAGCAUGGGAUGUCAUUGAAAAAUAUGGAGCGGAUUAUUCCACGGAUCCCAUAAUUGCUCAUAGCUUAUGUUUAUUGUUGAGAUGGGGUGCUAUGGAUGCCAAAUCAUAUGCUGAAGCCUCAAUUACCAUCUUACGGAUUUUAUGGGACAUUGCAAAUUUUAAUAGCUCUGUUGUUAAUCCCCUUUGGAGAAAGGCCCGGGUAACUGCUCUUGAGGCUUUAAAUAAUUUUGAGGUAUCGCAAAUUGAAAGGAGUAUCCCAGAUUUCAGAGAUAAGGCUAUCAAGUUGUUGAUUCAAGAGACUGAUGUUCACGUUCUCCGGCUGAUUGAAGAACUUGAGACCAAGAUUAUAGCAUAUGAGCAUAGUACAAGGCAAAGGUUGGUCAAGUUUACCAGAGCCCCCAGAAACAAAAUUGAGAAGCUUUUAGAUGUAGUUCCUCGUGCCGUUUUCUCUUCAGCUAAAAGUUGCACUGUUAGAAUGAUGCCUGGUACAGCUCUCUUUCACCUUCAGUUCAAUCAGAAAAAUACUAAUCAGGGAAAACCAAAAAUUGCCGAUAAUGUAUUUGCUGAAUAUUACAACAUGCUGAAGGACGUUGCUGCAUCUAUAUAUCUGUCAAGGAGUAUUUUCAUUGCUCUUCUCUCGUUGCAUUCAUGGAAAACCUUUAUGCAAAAUUGGAUGGAUAAGUAUAUAUUAGUCCUUGAUGUAAAAGCUUCAUCUACUUCAUUGGAUAAAACAUCAAAAGCCGCCAAUAAUAUUAUGAAGAGUAUGAUAAAGGCUGCUGAAGAUUCUAUCCCAAGGGUGGCUGAAAAUAUCGCCCUUGCCAUGGGAGCAUUUUGUAUGAUUUUGCCAGCGUCAGUUCAUCCUGUCAAAGUCACGGCUUCGAAGUUCCUGUUGAACUGGCUUUUCCAGUAUGAACAUGAGCAUCGCCAGUGGUCAGCUGCAAUUGCUGUUGGUGUGAUCUCAGCUUGCCUACAUUCAACAGAUCGUCUACAGAAAGUGCAAUGUGUGAAUGGGCUUCUUGAGGUGGUAUGUAACAGCAGAAAUAUUCUUGUUCAAGGGGCAUGUGGUAUUGGCUUGGGAUAUUCGUGUCAGGAUCUUCUUUCAAGGGUCAUGGAUGCUGACAAUGCAUUGGAUCAGGGUAGCUUUAUUCUGCAGGAGAAAGUAUUUUUGGGAAAGAUUGUCAGGACUUUAUCUUUGACAAUAUGGCAACUUACUAAAAUUUCUUCUGAUGUUUUAGUAAGCCUGUCUGAUUAUAAGGUUCCUGGUGUAGAGGAUGAUUAUACUAAAAUGAAUUCUGCAUUAAUGCUCAACAGAGAUGAGGAUGUGGGGGAUGAUAUAUGGGGUGUUACUGGACUUGUCCUGGGUUUGGGUAUGUCUGUUACUGCACUUUCCAGAGCAGGAUCAUAUGAUGUUAUGUGCAAUAUAAAACUUCUACUCAGAUCCUGGAUAGCAGAAGCAGACUCUCUACUUUCAGAAUCUACUUCUGAAGGCUGUCAAAGUUCAAAUAUGAUGCUCUCUACUGGGGCGUGUCUGGUGCUUCCAAGUGUUGCUUCUUGUUGUCGGAGAAUGGAAAUGAUGCAUGAUAAUGAGUUAAACGAUAUUCUCUUUUGCUAUGUAGAUCUUAUUUCCAAACUCCAAUUGAAGAGAACAUCUAAUAUCUUCCAUCACAAUCUCCUGGUGGCGUCAUGUGUUGGCACAGGGUCUCUGCUGGCUUGUAUUUUGGAUGAAGGAUUAGUCUCAUUAGAUGUUCAGCGAAUUAAAAACAUGCUUGGCUUAUUUAAACAAAUAUACUCUGAUACAUAUCCUCACCUUGUGCAUCUUGGUGCUUUCCUUGGAGUGAUAAAUGCAAUGGGUGCUGAUACUGGGAGUACAUUUUAUCAAUAUUCUCCUAAAUAUGUUCCAGUCAAUUAUUGUGAGAACAAGGAAUCCUCUCAUAUCAAUGCCCCUCUACUGUCAAGCUCUCAAUUUGCAGAAGAUCUAUUGAUAAUAAUACAGGAUAUAUUUCUUGUUGCACAAGAUUCUUCUAACGAACAACUGCAAGCAUAUGGAUCAUGGGCAAUUGCAUUUCUUUACUAUCAUCGCUGGUCAAAAGGUGACAAUGUUGAAACAGCAAGCUCUAUGCCUAGUGGUCAAAGCUUUUCAAAGGAUGCAACUAUAUUAAAGCUCUCAUCAUGGCUGAUGAAUUUAGACUAUUCCAAGAAUCCGUCGCAUGUGAACACAAUUGUUGCUGUCCUAAGGUGUCUUUCAAGAGCUCCUAGAUUGCCAAACCUUGAUUGGGCAGCUGUUAUCAGGCGCUGUAUGAAAUAUGAGACUCAUGAUGACGCAUAUUAUGAUAAACGAAGCCUGCUCAAAGAAUGUCUGCUUUUCUCACUGGCUCAUGCAAAUAAAUUUGAUCCACUCCUUUCUUUGCUUGAUGAAUUGACUAGCUUGUUCAAGUUUAGGACACUUGAUCUCAUUCUUCAGUCUUGUCUGCUCUUUCAUUUAUUUGACCUAACAAGAAUAUUCUCCAGUUCAAGAAAUCAAAUGUUACUGGAAGACAUCUUUGAGUUCUUCUCAUCUCCUAUAUCCUCAUACCAAAAUUAUAAUGCUAGGCAGAAAAGGUUUUUACAACUGUCCUGUUGGAAAGGACUCUCUAAGUGUUUCAAUGAAGCUUAUCUUGACAGUUCUGAAUACCUUUCUGGCAUGGAGAAGUGUAUGGAGAUUCUUUUUGCAAUGUUGUCGGCAAAACCUAAUGGUGCUUGUCCAAAACAAGAAUGGAUUUCCUGCCAGGAAUGGAAUGAAUCAAUGGUAUGCUUGGCCAAGGCUAGAAGAGCUUGGUUAUUGGAUCUUUUACAGAUUUCAGCUAUCGAUGUAGUCUCAAGGGACGAACGUUUCGGGAUAGAACUCAAGAAGAUGCUGGCAAUCAGCCAACUUGUGAAAUUUGGUUCCCUUCCUUUCUCUGAGCUUGCUAAGCUAAAGUCUUACAUAUUAAACACCAAAUCCCAAGGAGUAUUUACUCAACUCUGGUUGUCAGGCCUGUGGGAGUUGUUUGUUGAAGUUACAGCAGUGCUACAGACUGCAGAAGGAAGUUUGAAGAGACAAUGGCUUAUUGACGUUCUGGAAAUCGGCUGUAUAACAAAACAUCCAUCAACAGCGCUGCAGUUUCUGGGUCUGCUCUCUGGUUGCUGUUGCAAAUAUAUGCCUUUCCUCGUUCUGGAUCCACAAGAUGUGCUUGUCGAUCUCCCAGUCACACUUUCCUCUCUUCUUUCAAGUCCCAAGUGGAGAGUGGUUGCUGACUCUGCAGUUACAUACCUUUGGACAUUAACUGUGCGCAUCUACAACUGGACGAAGAUGCUUAAAUGUGAUGGUGAACCACCCAGCUCUGAUAUAGACCCAAGUGAAGCUGAAAUGUCGAAUUUGCUACUGCAGGUGCUUCUAGAUGCCUGUCGUAAUUUGAGACACUUUUUGCCUUUAAAAGAUCAGCUUAUGCUGGCUAACAUGGUUGUGUGCUGAAAUUGCUUCAUGAGUAACAUGAUUCUAACACCGAAUGUAUUUGAUUUAUUAUUUCAAAAGAAAAGUAUAUAACUUUUGAUUUUAGAGGAAGUUUUUCUUUUCGGUGUAAAGAAAAUCGCAAGGGUAAAUGAUAUAGAUGAGAUUCGAUCCUAAAUCUUGGGCAUCAUCUCCCAAGACUUUAAUCAAGUAAGCUAGUUGACAUCUACUGAUUUUGGAGGAAGUCGUUAUAUAUUUAUUAAGUUGGACUUUUUUA